GCAAUCCACGGCGGGCUGAAGGGCAGCAACAGAAAAACGUCAAAUACGACAAACAAGCAGCAGCAUUAUCAGAAUUCUACGAGUUUUUCCACAAAUAAGACUUCUGGCCGUUCAACAACACGCAGUAGGCACAAGUCCAAAAAGGAAAGAAGAAGUGGCCAACAUUUUCUAGCACCUUCAGCUUUGAACUGGCGCGCGCCUCUAUUCC